AUGACUGAUACAACUAAUAAAGACUUAGAAGAUAAAGAAACCAAGGAUAUUAAUAAUUUGGAAGAGGACACUUCUCCAGUGACAACUGGAUCUGAAGAUGUCAUACCAAAUGCCAUUGUCAUUAAAAAUAUCCCAUUUGCUAUCAAAAGAGAACAGUUAUUGGAUAUAAUUGAAGACAUGGGACUGCCUUUACCGUACGCCUUUAACUACCAUUUCGAUAAUGGUAUCUUUAGAGGUUUGGCAUUUGCAAACUUCACUACACCUGAAGAUACUUUAAAAGUGAUCCAAGGGUUAAAUGGUAAAGACAUCAAUGGUAGAAAAUUAAAAGUUGAAUAUAAAAAAUUGUUGCCACAACAUGAAAGAGAAAGAAUAGAAAGGGAGAAAAGGGAGAAAAGAGGGCAGCUGGAAGAACAGCAUAAAAACAUGUCCAAUUUGUCUUUACAAUCUCUGAAUAGAGUGAUCUCAACUCCUAACUCAAAUACACUUCUAACAAACAGCAACAACAAUACCAGUAAUAAUAUGAAUAUUGCACAACCCAUCGUAAAUUCAACUUCAACGUUUGCCAAUCUCACUAACCCCCAAUUAUCUAAUCAUUUCAUGGGAGGCCCAAUCCAAAAUAAUAUCCUUCAACAAUCACAGCAACAACAACAACAACCAUUGUUGGUGGCACAGCAUACUGCAAAUUCAUUGUAUAGUAACUCUAAUAGUAUUAAUCCAUCAACUGAGAGAUAUUAUGCACCACUGCCAUCUUCAAGCAACGUUCCCAUUCCUCCUCAACAAUUGGAUUUUAAUGACCCGGAUACUUUAGAGAUCUAUUCUCAGUUAUUAUUAUUUAAAGAUAGAGAGAAAGCCUAUUAUGAAUUGGCAUAUCCUGCAGGGCUAUCAGCAAACCAUAAACGUAUCAUUAAUGUAUUAUGUUCGUUUUUAAAUUUGAUGGAAGUCUAUGAUUCAAGGUUUGUCAUUAUUAGAAGAAAAAAUAUCCCACUUAAUAACGGUACUUGUCAAAGUAAUGUCUUGGAUCAAAUUAAUUUGCAGAAGCAUCUACAACAAGUUCAACCUAAUUACGUUAACCAAAAUGCGAUGCUGCAACCUACCUCUACGGGUGGUUCAUUAAAUAGAUCACAUUCUUAUACAAGUUUAUUACAAGCACAUGCUUCAUCUAUGAGUAUAAGUUUGAAUAAUGGUAGCAACAACAACAACAGCAACAGCAACAAUAGUAUUUCAGGUGGAAAUAACAAUAUUCUAAAUACUCCAAAAAUACCACAAACUGCACAAUUAUUAGCUCAGCAACCCUCUGGUAGCAUCUCUAAUACCAACACCAGUGGUAAUAAUAUUUUGAAUUCUAUUUAUAACAAUAGUAACAAUAGCUCUAACAAUCUUAAUGUGCCAUCUACUAAUUCAACAUCUCCAGAACCACUUCAACAUCCACAACCAAUCUUGUCCCAACAAAUUCAACCUACACAACAACAAACUUUCAUCAGACAGCAAACCACUUUGACUCCAUCAUCAAGAGUUCCAUCUGGUUAUUCAAAUCACCAUCAAAACAUUAAUGCUUCAAAUCCCCUAUUAAGAAAUGCUGCACUUUCACCUACUGCUAAUGUUGUUACCAGUAACACAAAUUCGCCUGUAGUCAACUCUAUUACUACUUCAGUUGGAUCCACACUGGCAAAUAUUAAUAACAAUGGCUCAAACAAUAUUGCAAAUGGUAACAGAUUAACUUCCUCGUUGUAUAAUAAUUCUAGUAGCACAAAUUUGUUGCUUAAUGAUUCAAUUAACAAACCAUUAGUCCCACAAAAUACCAAUGGUUCUAUUCACUCGAAUUUCUCAAUUCAAUCGUAUCAAGAUGACACACUUUUUGGUAACAUCAAUGGUAAUGGAAACAUCCAAUCAUCAAACAAUAGAGAUAAUACAAAUACUAAUAUGGCUAAUACUGCUAAUAAUGCAGAUAUCUUGUACAAAACAUUAAGUCAAUCCGGAGCUUUAGACAACACUGAUUUAGAUAAUCAUUUAGCUAGAUCUUUGAGUGGGUUAGAUAUCCAAGAUUCUAAAAAGAAUAAUAUUUGGUGA